UCUUUUCACAAUUCUCGCCACUAAACUUGAAAACCUUCCAUCCAAGGCUUGCUAUACACAAGUGAUAAAACGCCUUUGUUUCACUUUCUCACGGUCUCCGUCGGACUUCAGAUAGCGUCACCUACAUAAAGUAAAUAAUCCUGAUUUCUAUUUUAGGUCAAAAACAUCUCCAAUCCCUUUCGCCCGACACUCGCUACAUGCAAGCGGGCAAAACACCUUCAUUUUCUCUUUUUUUUAGUCUUCUUCAAAUUUCACAAAAUAUCCCACACAAUAAGUAGAAAAACUUUUCCUAUCCUUCAAUGAUCCAUCCUAGUCCUCUUGGGUAAAGGGUAGACAAAACCUCAAUCAAGAUUUUUUUUUAGCCUAUAGUGUAAACCCAUAAGUAUCUUGUUAGUUCCAUAAAAAUAUAUUUUUUUAUAUCCCCAUUUUUCAAUAUAUUAUUUUAUUGUGGGUGGGGUGGUUUUCCUUUUCCCGGAUGGAUGAGAGCAGCGUGGAUUCGAAUGAUGGACCCGUAACUUUCGGGUCGGACUCAACGGGAUCCGAUUCAUACGAGUCCGAUCCAAGUCGAAAUGUGAUAUACAACAAUACCCAACCCCGAAUAUCCCCUUCAUUUCCAGCUUCACCAUCUCCCUCUGUGUUCCCUGCUGCUACCGAGAGCGGAGAUUCUUCUCCCCCUUCUGUCACCUUCCCCACUCCGAACCAAUUACAAAACCCUCACCGUCUGAAGUCCUUGCUCAUUUCCGUGCCCUCAGUUACAGCGAGAAUGAAAGGGGGGCGAUCGCACCGCCCUCGGAGCUCGGACCCGCCGGACGAGUGGGUGGACGGGUCCUGGACGGUGGACUGCAUCUGCGGCGUCACCUUCGACGACGGCGAGGAGAUGGUGAAAUGCGACGAGUGCGGCGUGUGGGUCCACACGCGCUGCUCGCGCUACGUGAAGGGCGACGACACCUUCUCCUGCGACAAGUGCAAGGCCAGGCACAACAAAAACAACACCACCACCAACAACAGCAACAACAACAGCAACAGCACUACCAACCCCAUGGAGACCGAGGUCGCGCAGUUCCUCGUCGAACUCCCCACAAAAACCAUCUCCAUGGACAAUAAAAAAGCCCUCCCCUCCAGGCCCAGGCUCUGGACCGACAAGCCCAUCGAGGAGCGGGUCCACGUCCAGGGCCCACCGGGCGGCGACCCCUCCAUCUUCGCCGGCCAAAGCGCCUCCUCGAUUUUCACGCCCCAGCUCUGGAAGGCAUGCGGGUAUGUCCCCAAGAAGUUCAAUUUUAAGUACAACGAGUUCCCUUUCUGGAAUAAUAACAACGAUAAGGAGGGUGUGCCAGCAAAAGAUGGUAAUAAUAACGAUAAUGGGGUUGGGGUGUCUAAAGAGGCUAAUAACACUGCUGCUGCUCCCCCUGUUGCGCCUUCGGUUGAAACGAGAUCUGGUCACGCCAAGGACGCGGACACGGGCAAGUUUGGGAGCCAGGAUGUGCCGCCACGUGUCCACGGUGACGUCAAGAAGGAGCGGACUCUGCUGAGGCCUCCGGUUGUUCAUAACAGUAAACGCAGUAAAGGGGAUUUGGGGAAUUCGAGUUCCAAGGAGAGGAUUGGGAAGAAACGCCUUAGGACUUCUGACAGGGAGGUAGAUUCCAGGAAGAGAACGCUGCAUUCCUCCAAAUCAGCGUUUACGCCCACCGGUGAUGGAAAACAAUUGGACUUUUAUGAGGACAGAGGAUCAAAGAUGUUCAAGGCUGAUGCUCGGAGCAUAAAGAAUAAAAACUUAAAAGACAUGGUGGUUCAAGAGCAUGUGUCUGAUGAUCCUGUUGCUGUGGAUACUAUCAUGGAGGAGUCAAAUAACAACUUAACCACUACUGAGGACUCCUCAGAACCGUUAUAUCCUGACAUGACUAAACAUGGUGUUUCUGUUGGAGAUGUUGUAGCAGAAGAGAAGGCUAGUCGUAAAACUCCUACUUUGGUUGAGAUGUCUUCUAAGACUGAUGAUGCUGUUACAUCAGCUUUAAAGCAGAAUUAUGUUGGAAAUGCUUCAGUUAAAGAAAAGGAUGGAGAUUGCUUGGUAGCUGAUAAUGCAGAUGAUGCUUUAGUAGUAAGAAGCGCUGCUAGUCCUCGCACAGAAGGUCAUUGUGUUUCUGCACCAGAACUUGUGGAUAACCAAGUUUCUCAAGAUCUUGGCCGUAACAUGCGUCCUAGCUCUGCAAAAUGCAAAGUUAAGAUGGGGAGAGAUGAUAAUGUUGAUAAUUUUCGGAAGCCCUCAAAUUUUCAUUCUUCUCCUAUCAGUGAUCAUAAAAACAAUGAAAAACCAUCUGAUCACACAUCUGAUAUUGUUAAAGUGAAUGAUGCUCCAGUUCCCAGUUUACCAUCAUGUGAAAGUAAGGUGGGUGGUGUUGACAUUUCAUCAGAACUAAUCCCUGCUGAUCAUACCAAUAAACCAAUUGAAUUAUCUGGUGAUUUUUGUCAAAGAAAACUAGAACCGGUGGGGUCUGAAGGUUCCUUGGAAACACAAAAGGGAUUUUCAGAAACAAAAGAUGGUUUGGAUGCUGCUAAAGAUCCAUCAAAAUCUGAAGCACUUGGAUGUUCGCCUAAAGUUGGAAAGUCAUCUCCGACUUCAUCAACCAUGAACUCCAAAUCAUUGGGUCAUGACUGCAGAUCUGAAGAUACUGAAAUCCCUAAUUCUUUUACGAAGCAUGGAGUGAUGGCUGAUAGUAACAUUCACACAAAGAAUGAAAAUUGUCCAAGUGUUGCUGCCAGGGAUGAAAAUUCAAAGAAGUCUGUAAAAGAGCGACCAAAAUCCUCUUUGAAUUCCAAUUCAAAAGGAUUGCAUUCAAGCAGGAGUGUGCAAAAUUCUGUCUCAAAGCAAGUGAACUCAGAUGCGAGAGAUUCUGUUCAUGUUUUGUCUUCUAAACCUUUGAUACAUCAGACUGCAAGUAUUUUAGGCUCUAGUGAGUCUAACCAUCAGAAGGUUUUACAAGUGCAGAGUAAGAUUUCUUCUUCAGCGCCCCAGAAAGUUGAAAAACUUAACCAAACAAACAUCCACACUUCCUCCAAGUUGAACCAAAGUCAUGUUCCAUCAGUGAAUCCUUCUUUAAUAUCGAAUUCUUCAAUGCUGAGUGAUGAAGAGCUUGCUCUGCUAUUGCAUCAAGAACUGAAUAGUUCUCCUCGUGUACCUCGUGUACCCCGAGCACGCCAUGCUGGUAGCUUGCCCCAGUUGACUUCCGCUAGUGCUACAAGCAUGCUGAUGAAGCGAACAUCGGGUGGAGGAAAGGAUCAUUAUUUUGCAUCUAGACGAAAACACAAGGAUGCAUCUAGAGAUGGGUCUGGCAGUUCUCGUGAACUUGAAUACGAAGCUAAAAGGAUAGAGAAGGAGAAGGGUCCAUCCUCGUCUGAUCAGAGGAAACAGGAUAUGUCAUACGCGGAAGAUGCUCCUGCAAGGGAAGAAGGCCUUGCAUCUAUGGCAGCAGCAAACUCCAUCACCAACAAUACUGUUUCUUCCACCUCUGGAAUUGCAAACAGUGAUGCAUCCACUCCUCCUGAGGAUCAGAAUUUGUCAUCUAUGCGUAACUCACCUAGGAAUGUAUCUGAUGAUGAUACAGCAACUGCUGGAAGGCCAGUUCAUCGCACCUUACCUGGUUUAAUCAAUGAUAUAAUGAGCAAAGGCAGGCGUAUGACAUAUGAGGAACUCUGUAAUGCUGUGCUACCGCACUGGCAUAACUUGAGGAAACAUAAUGGAGAGCGUUAUGCUUACUCAAGUCACUCUCAGGCUGUUCUUGAUUGUUUGAGGAACCGGCAUGAAUGGGCAAGGUUGGUUGAUCGUGGUCCAAAGACAAAUUCUAAUAGGAAAAGGCGUAAGCUGGAUGCUGAAGAGUCUGAUGAUAAUGGAUAUGGCAAGGGAAGAACUGCAAAAGAUGUUGAAGGGAAGAACUUUGAGUUGCAAAAAGAAGAGUUCCCUAAAGGCAAGCGUAAAGCUCGAAAACGCAGGCGCCUUGCUCUUCAGGGAAGAGCAGUGAAGGAUGUCAGAAGGAGACAGAAAGCUGACUCGCUAACGGAUGAGGAUCUCGGUCCAUUCUCCAAUUCUAGUGAAGAGAGCAUGUUCAGUGAAGAUGAAAUUCAGGCUGGCAGAAUACGUCCAGCAGGAAGUUCAUCAGAUGAGGCAGGUAGUGCCUAAUAUGAAUAUGAGCCAGCUGAAUAAUUCAACAGGUUUGUUUUUGCAAGAAUAAAUAAUUGUUGGCAUGCAGUCUUUGCGAGCUUGUUCAGUGGAGGAUGGAUUGCGGGUGCUUGGUGCAAUGUCACAGCGUAUCAGUAGUGUAAAUAUUUGUAGCAUUAGUUGUUUCUUAUGCAUGAGGAGAACUGAACUGAGUAGGUUGUGUAGAAUUUUGUAAGUGACUAAGGAUUCGGUUGAAGAGCAAGAAAGAAUGUACAAUUGGAUUUGACUAGGAAAUAGUACUAAUUUAGAAACUACCCUUGGUCGCUGGGAGCCUGGUAUAUGUUAAUCUAAUUUAACACUCCCAGUGGUCUUAACUCUUGAGACAUGGGUGGGUAUACAAGGACAAGUAGAUGUGGUAGCUUUGCCAAGGUCAAUGUAUAGGAUAAUUACUGAUUGGCAACUGUUAUUGAUUGAUUUUGUAAAGUUCUUAUUAGUUAUUGUAUAACAUUUAGGCUUUGCAUUUGUCUCUCUCUUGUUGGUCGUCUUUAUCUUGUAAGAUAAGUCUUUUCU